AUGGUUCCUUUCUCUGGAAAUAAAAGGACUAAAAACCACAUGUACCAGGUUCCACAGAAUUCUUCUUUUCCGCCAACACAAUCUUAUCCUUCAGGACCAAACAACUUUUACCCAAUUCCUCCUCCCAGUUAUCAACCUCAUAGAGCGUUUGAACCUACUCCUCAUCACAUUCCCAAUUCUUGGAGAAGCCCUGUUGCCCCUCUUAGAGCGUUUGAACCUACUCCUCAUCACAUUCCCAAUUCUUGGAGAAUCCCUGUUGUCCCGCAUAGAGCGUUCGAACCCAAUCCUCAUCAGAAUCUCAAUUCUUGGAGAAGCACUGUUUCCCCUCAUAAAGCGUUUGAACCUAAUCCUCAUCAGAGUCCCAAUUAUUGGAGAAGCCCUGUUUCCCCUCCGUUUCAUGGGAAUCACGGUCCUCCACCUCAAGCUUGGAAUAGGCCCGGUGGCACAGGUGGGUAUUGGCAUCCAUCCAACUCCCCGGGUGUUGGGGUUCACCGUGGCACCGGCUCAGGCCGUGGAGUCCCCCCUCGCCCGGGCCUAAAAUACCCAUACCCUAGGAGAGGUAGUAAUUACACAUUCAGCAAUAGUCCACGCCCUGGCACAGGACGAGGUAGUGGAAGAGGAAGGGGUUCUCAUGCUUGCACAUCUGCAAGGGAGAGACCUGAAAUGUUUUACAACAAGUCCAUGAUGGAAGACCCAUGGGAAUUAUUGAAACCUGUUGUAAGGAAUUCAGUUAGGAUUGAGGAUUGGCUUCCGAAAUCCAUCACUAAGAAAAGGCCCAGAAUCUCGGAGUCCACCGGCGAUUCGUGUUCUCAAUAA